CCGAGGGGGGGCCCUGCCCGGCGACCGCGGCCCCGGCCAUGAGCGGCGCGGCGGAGGCGCGGGAGCUGGAGGAGCGGCUGCGGGAGGCGGCGGCGCUGGGGGACGUGGCGGAGGUGCGGCGGCUGCUGGGCGCGGGGGCGGACAUCGACUCCCGCAACGAGAUCAACGGCUGGACCUGCCUGCACUGGGCCUGUAAGCGGAACCAUGCCCAGGUGGUGUCCUGCCUGCUGGAGGCUGGAGCUGACAAGCACAUCCUCACUGCUCAGGGAGAGCUGGCGGCACAGCUAACGUCCAAACCAGACAUCCGCAAGAUUCUGGGAGUAGAGGAAGAAACUGAAUGUCAAGGAGUGAAGGAUUUAAAUUUGCCARUUGUUGCCAACUACUUGGCCAACCCACCAUUCCCUUACACGGAAGAAAGCAUUCCAGGCAGCUUGGCAGAAUCCCAGAAUGAAAGUGCUUCCAUCUCUUCUGCUUCCCAGUGUGAAACCAGCCCCUGUCCAUCAGCAGCUCAGGCCGAAAGCAUCUGCACACCAACAUCAUGCAGCAGUGACGAGGCUUUCCCGGCACUGGACACUGUGGCUGCACCACCCCCCGURCCCACUGUCCCUGCAGCCACGGCAYGUGCCAGCCCAGAGCUGCCCAAUGGCCCYGUGUGUCCCCCGGCCGUGCCCCCCGGGAUGGGGCUCUGCUCCCCAGCAGUGUCCAGCCAGGCCGUGCCUCUGCAACCCAACACCUCCCCCAGCAGCUCCAUGCCUGCUUUCCAGCCCUUCUUCUUCACUGGAACAUUCCCGUGUAACGUGCAAGAACUUGUGCUCAAGGUGAGAGUCCAGAACCUCAGAGACAAUGAUUUCAUUGAGAUUGAACUGGACAGGCAAGAACUGACCUAUCAAGAUUUGCUCAGAGUGAGCUGCUGUGAACUGGGCAUUAAUCCARAGCAAGUAGAGAAGAUCAGGAAACUACCCAAUACACUAGUGAGAAAGGACAAGGAUGUUGCCAGACUCCAGGACUUCCAAGAGCUGGAGUUGGUCCUUGUCAGAAGUGACAGCUCUCCUUUCUGGAACGCUGCGUGCUACAACAGCAGAGCAUCCAAGCUGACCUACUGACCCUGCAGCUGSAAUGUGGACACCUGGCAGGGACAUGUGCUGCCUUUGGAAGGCAGUGAGUUACAUGUGUGUAAAACCUUAAGUUAUUGUUAGGGUUACUGUUUUAACUAAUAGUUUAUAUUUUAUAUUUAAUAUCCCCUUUGCUUUUGUUUUUUACUUGAUACUGUAUUCAGCCAAGGGAUACCUCAUUUGUCUGCUAAAAUCACAUGCUUCCAGUAUAUUUUAAGGUAGUUUACUGGUUGUAUUUGGCAGCAGGGGGCACAAAAGAUAUAAUUAUUGGUAUGAAAUUAUGUUAAGUACAGCCAUUCUGACCAAGACUCAUGGAAAGAUUCAGGAAAUYAUGUGUCUCUGUGUGUAUAUAUGUAUUUUGAACUUUGUCAUUAAGUUAAAGAGGCAAACAAUGACAAGUUGCUCUCUAAAAAGGUAAAUGCGCAAAUCCUUAAUCCUUUGUCCCUCACAGACAUUCACUAAGAUGUGUUGUCUAGAGAUAUUUAAAUGUUUCUUUCCCAUGUGAGAAUAUUGCACCUUAAGUGAUGGCAUCUCUCCACCUCACCUCCACCAAAAAAUACAAAAGCGUCUUAAAUAUUCCUUAAUUAAGUCCCAAACAAGCUGAAGUGUCCUUUCAAGAAAAAGCCCUUGUUUCAGGARUUGGGGAGGGGAUCCCCAAUCUAUGUCCGUGGUUUUAUUUAUUUACUUUCUGUCCAAUGUGAGCCUAUGCAUUACUCACACCAGUGUCAGUACAGGAAAGCUUUGUGGCUCACUCUCACACACAGUUACAGGGGAUGUGGUGGUUUCUGCUGUGUGAGAAAUACAGCWGUGUCCUCCUGAGGGGUCACAGCUGGAAGGAACAUACCACACUUUUAUGAGUCACUAGAUGGGAAACACACCACAAGCAAGUACCAACCUGUAACUUUACAUAAUGCAGUGUACUGUCACCGUUAUACAGCAUUGCUUUACCCAGGUGAUACUGAAAGGGCUGAAUGCCUCCAGGUGCUUUCAAYUUUUUUUUUUUUUUCGGUGGAGGGUGAAAAAAAACAAUUCUAAGAAGGCUACAGCCUGUUUGACUUGCAUUUAAGCAAGYCAGUAAAGAAAACAUCCACCUGUGGGUUAAAGUAUGUAAGUCACAACAUUGCUGGAGUAUAAACAGCCUGAAGCUUUUCCUGAUA